AUGGCCUUGGCCGAGAAACCCGGGCACGGCAUCAACAUACAAGAUGACAGCAUCCGAGAUAGCAUUCUCAAUUCCCAGCUGGAGGUCCCCGUCGUCGAGGUCACGUACUGGACAUUGUUUCGAUAUGCAUCCAGACAGGAGAUUGCUAUUCUGGUCCUGUCUGCCUCCUGCGCCAUUGUUUCCGGAGCUGUACAGCCACUCAUGACGCUUGUGCUAGGAUCUUUGGCUGGGAAAUUUACGGGCUUUCAACCAGGAUCAACAAAUACAUCCGAAUUCCAUCACCACCUCACCAGACUUGCUCUUUACUUCGUCUAUCUUGGCAUCGGAUCCUUGAUUUCCGUCUUCAUCACAAUCCAGGGGUUUUCCUUCGCCGGAGAGGCAAUCACGCAGAGAACGCGUGAAGCAUACCUCCAAGCCAUCAUGCGACAAAACAUUGCCUUCUUCGACAGCGUCGGAGCUGGAGAAGUGACCAGCCGCAUCACUGGCGAUAUGAACAUGAUCCAGGACGGCAUAUCCCAGAAAUUGGGCCUCACCGCCGCGGGAGUGACGACUUUCUUCGCAGCCCUAGCCGUGGGCUUCGUCAGGUCUUGGAAGUUGACGCUUAUCAUGCUCUCAGUGACCGUGCUGGUCAUUUUCGUCAUGGGGAGUGCCGGGAGGGGCAUCAAGCAGUACCAGCUGCGGUCUAACGACGCUUAUGGUGUCGGGGCCACCGUUGCUGAAGAGGCCUUUACUUCCAUUCGAAGCACCACUGCCUUUGGUGCACAGGAUUGGCUGGCCAAAAAGUUCGGCAUGCAUUUGGAUAACGUCAAACGCUUCGAUUUCCGGAGCAAAGCCUUUCUGGCUUUUAUGAUCGCCGCCAUGAUGUGCAUCAUGACCCUGCAGUACGGUCUCGCCUUUUGGGAAGGAUCACGCUUACUGCAUGAUGGCAGCAUUUCGGUCUCCAAGAUCAUCACGGUCAUAUUCUCUUCCAUGCUGGCUGGCGUGUCUAUCGGACACGUGGCUCCGCACUUCGGUGCAUUUGCAGCGGCGACGGCUGCUGGUCGGAAGAUAUUUCAGGCCAUCGACCGCAAGUCGCCCCUGGAUCCGCUCUCUGGGGCGGGCAAGAAGCCCUCAAGCGUCGAGGGUGAGAUCGUCUUCCAAGACGUGCGGCACGUGUACCCGUCGCGCCCAGACAAAGUUGUCCUCGACGAUUUGAGCUUUGUCGUUCCGUCCGGCAAGGUCACUGCUGUCGUGGGCAAGUCGGGAUGCGGCAAGUCGACUCUGGUGGGCUUGAUAGAGCGGUUUUAUCAACCUGUCGGCGGUGAAAUCAGUCUCGAUGGUAUGCCACUCCACGAGCUGAAUCUACAUUGGCUUCGGGCCCAGAUUGCCAUGGUCGGCCAAGAGCCUGUUCUGUUCAACACCACCGUGUCCGAGAACAUCCGUUUCGGACUACUGGGGACUGAGCUUGAAAACGCACCUGAGCAGGAAAUUACUGGUUUGAUUGAAGAUGCAGCGCGAACAGCCAAUGCGUAUGACUUCAUCUCGAACUUGCCUGGUGGGUUCCAGGCCCGCGUCGGGGAACGAGGAAUGCUCCUUUCCGGCGGCCAGAGGCAGCGAAUUGCAAUUGCACGGGCUGUCGUGUCGAAUCCCAAGAUCCUUCUCCUGGAUGAAGCCACUGCCUCGCUGGAUCUGCACGCUGAGAGCCUCGUGAGAGCUGCCCUUGACGCCGCCGCAAAGAACCGAACCACUCUGAUGAUCGCCCAUCGACUUUCGACCGUCAGGCAUGCCGACAACAUAAUCGUCCUCAGCGCAGGGAAACUUGUCGAGCAAGGCACCCACGACGAGCUCAUACGGAGCCGAGGAGUCUAUCAGUCGAUGGUCGAGGCUCAGCAAAUCGAAGCGAAUCAGCAAUCUGACAGCGUCGCACACCAUGCCAGUGGUAUGGCAGAUCUCGAAAAUACGAAAGAAUCGAUCUCGAUCUCGACAGAAAAAUCGACAGGCGACACUUCUUCAAUCUCCAAGAGCCAGGAACAUUAUAGUCUCUGGGAGCUUGCCAAAUUCAUAUGGUCUCUCAACCAAGACGAGCAAUCAUGGAUGGCACUUGGAUUUGUGGUCUCGAUGGGCACAGGAGCCGGGUACCCCAUCCAGGCUAUCUUCUACGGCAACUCGAUCAUCUCACUCGUGAACCCCGAUGCGAGCACUGGGAGCCACGACAUUGAUUUCUGGUGUGGGAUGUUGCUCAUGCUGGGACUCGUCCUCCUGGUCUUGUACCUGGUCCAGGGCAUGGCCUUUGCGUGGGCGUCGUCUCGGCUGAUCCGGCGUACCAGGGACCUGACCUUCCGUGCCAUUCUGCGCCAGGAUAUGGCCUUCUUUGACAUCAAGGAGAACGCUUCCGGAGCACUGGCGUCCAUGCUUUCCACCGAGGCCGCCAUGAUAGCCGGCAUGAGCGGAGCCACGCUGGCCGCCCUGAUGAACUUUGUGGUUUCCAUCAUCGGAGCGAUCGGCGUUUCCUGUUCUUUUGGCUGGAAGCUCGCCCUCGUUUGCGCCUCGACAAUGCCGCUGCUGCUCGCGUGUGGCUUUCUCCGGACGUGGGUUAUGACCGACCUGGAGAAACGGACUCGCCGCCAAACCGAAGCGGCGGGGUACGCCUGCGAGGUUGCGUCUGCCAUUCGUACUGUGGCUUCGCUGAGGAUGGAAGGAAAUAUCUGCUCCCGGUACAGCGCAAUGCUGAGGCAGCAGACGAAGCAGGACUUUCGAUCUUUGAUCCUGUCCUCCAUGCUCUACGCGACUUCGCAAUCCCUCAUGUCCUUUGCGAACGGCCUGGCUUUUUGGUAUGGAGGCACCCUGAUUAUGAAGGGCGAGUACACAGUGAAACAGUUCUUCGUGUGUUUUGUGGCCGUCAUCUGGGGCUCCCAGGCGGCUGGCGCCAUCUUUUCAUACGCCGGCGAUAUGAGCAACGCCAGGGCGGCUGCCGCUCGGGUGAAGACUCUCCUCAGUCGCACACCGAUCAUCGAUUCGUGGUCAACCACAGGCAAGGUCAUCCCGCACCAUGGGCUCGAAGGCCGUAUUGAAUUCCGUGAUGUGUCCUUCUUCUACCCCACGCGGCCCAGUCGGCUGGUCCUCAAGAACAUCAGCAUCACGGCCGAGCCAGGACAAUUCAUUGCGCUGGUGGGCGGAAGUGGCAGCGGCAAGAGCACCGUCAUCUCGCUGCUCGAGAGAUUCUACGAUGCCGUGUCCGGGGGCGUCUACGUGGACGACAACGAGAUUUCGACCUACCAGGUCCAGGCGUACCGGAGCCAGCUGUCGCUCGUGAGCCAGGAGACGACCCUGCACAUGGGCACUAUCCGGGACAAUAUCCUCGCUGACAAGGAGGACGCGUCGGAGGAGGACCUGAUCCAGGCGUGCAAGGACGCCAACAUCUACGACUACAUUCUCUCCCUCCCGGACGGGUUCAAUACCUCGGUGGGCACAAAGGGCAGUCUACUGUCCGGCGGCCAAAAGCAACGCAUCGCAAUUGCAAAGGCGCUCCUGCGCAAGCCGAGAAUCCUACUCCUAGACGAAGCCACUUCGGCUCUCGACUCGUCCUCCGAAGCCGUCGUGCAAGCGGCCCUCGACCGAGCCGCAAAGGGGCGCACCACGAUUGCCGUCGCCCACCGGCUCAGCACGAUCCAGCAUGCGGAUAUCAUUUACGUCCUUGAGCAGGGGAGCGUGGUUGAGUGUGGCAGCCACGCACAAUUGAUGCGGCGCAAAGGCGGGAGUCCAUAA